AUGACCAAACCCAAGGACGGCAGGAGGGUCUUUCCUGUAGUUGCGUGUCCAGCGGCAGAGCCCUCGUCGCUCUGCCCUUGUGAACUGACCUUCAGGUACCACCGCGGCCGCAAGCAGGCGUCGAUCGCGCUCAGAGUCGCCGUAGCUGUUGAUGGCGCCGACGACAUGCACACAUUUGCUGCGCAGUACGACGCUGACAACCUGAGCACGACGGCCUUCGGCGCUGCUACCGGCUCGCUGCCACAAGCGAGCCGCGACCGCAUUGCGCGAGACGCAGACCCUGAGAUGAUGACGCUCUUCCUGUGCCUCCAGAACCCCUGCACACUGUGGUGUCCAGCUCUGGAGACCAUCGCGCCCAAGCCCGGCUUCGAAGAAUCCUUCAGCCGGCUCGCGCAACUCGCCAGGGCAACGGCGGUGCACAUCACGCUGGACUACGGCUGGCUGCACAAGGACCUGCGAGCGCCUUUCGAGCAACUCGUCCAGGGGCAGGCCAGGCUGUUUACCACCGGCUAUCCUCUCGGCGACUACUACCGUCAACAAGGGCUGCGGCCUGCCGACUGGACUGUCGUCAGCCCUGUGGACGCCGCUGCUGCCGCUGCUGCCCCUCCUGCCCCUCCUGCCCCUCCUGCCCCUCCUGCUUAUCACGACGCAGUCACGAAACGGCCCAAUCAAGAUUCAACACUCUCGUCGCCGCCCCGCAAACGCGUCCUCCGUGAAGCUCCCCCUUCGCCCACCGAGUGCGCCUCGUCCCCGGUGGCUGACAAGGUCAGAACUGCGACAGAAUGUGAAGAGACUGAUUUCCAAUUUCAAGCCAUCAGCCAUGUAGUCAAGCGCCAUCUUCCAGACGCCCUUGAAGCACUUCUCCCCGCACUUCUCCCAACCUUGUUCGUUACCUCGGAUCCUGCGUUGUCCUCGAGCGGCCCUCAGACGUCCCAACCGCCGAAGCUGACGCCCCUGGGCCAGUCCUUCCUCACCCAGCUCAUUGCACAGCUCCAACCCCAGAUCCAGCCUCAGCUCCAAGGCCUGUAUCAAGACGCGCUCGAAGAGAGCGGACAACUGCGGGACCAUGCGGAGCUGGAGUUUUCGGAAAUCGUUGAGGAUUACAAAUUAGACGUGGCCCAGCUGAAGGAGGACACCGUGGACGACGUGCAGCGUCUCCUCACAUCUGCAGUCGAGGACGCGAGGUGUGAGGCGAGAGACCUGGCUGAACACCUGUCCGAUGAGUCAUACCAGGCUGUGAUUGACAAGCUGGACAUGCUAGAAACGGUAAGAUUGCGGAGACUGUUGACGUGGGAAAAGUGUCCGUGUGGGAGUACACAGAGGACCCCGGACUGGCGGCGCGUAAAGUGGGCGAGAGGCAGUUGGGCUCGGAGAGCCGGGAAAGGUGGGUAUCGAGGGGUGGGGAGGCGUUGGAGCGUCUUGAGUUUGUCGUGA